GUCGCGCGGACCGCAGCCUUGCGAGUUCUCGGCAAACUACAAUUGCAUAUCGCAUUAAAUCGCAUCGCAUUACAACUUCACUCCCUAGAACCUAUCAAAUCACCCACGCUCUUUAUUAAAUCGACAGAUACACAGUGAAGAAUCGCAUAAGUUCAAUUAUGACAACCAUUCCUUCGAUAGCCUGUCUGGGCGUCAUAGGCAAGAAUAACAAUCCCCUUCAUAUCUCCAUCUUCCCACCUCACUCACCACCCUAUCCAACAUCCUCCUCUGCCUCCGCCCCCACCAAAGCCACACCCGUCGUUCACGAAUCCCUCCGUACACCUCUCCAAUACUCGCUUCUGCUAAGCUCCACGCUCGAUAUAUUUGAUUCGCGGAGUCGCAUUUCGGGGAGCAAUUUAACGGGGGAUUUGGGAUUACUAUAUGCGGUCGAUGAGAGGUUGGCGGCGUAUGGGUUUGAGACGAAUACGGGGGUUAGGUUUGUGGUUUUUGUGGAUGGGAGGGGGAGGGCUGUGAGGAAUAUGGGAGGGAAUGGCGGGGGAAAUGGCGGGAAUGGGAAUGCAGAGGGUGGUGUUGCGGGAGCGGGGGUGAGGGAGGGGGAUAUUCGGAGUAUAUUCAAAGCGAUGCAAGCAGCAUAUAUCCGACUCCUGCAAAAUCCAUUCUACGAUCCAGAUGAACAUUGUCCAGUUAAUGGGAAGGGUGGGAAGAAGAUUGUUAGUAGGAAGUUUGUGGAGGAUAUGAGGAGGAUUGGAGAGGGUUGGGUACCGGGAAGUGUUUGAUCGUUGUUCGCGUAAUCGGGGAGGUUUCGGGGUAUUGAAUAGGGGCGGAGAACAUGCUGUCGAUAAUAUGCACACACGCACACAGACAGAGGUGGAGGGAGCGAGGAAGAUAAUUGCAUAGGAGCAAACUUUGGAGUCGGGAGCCUUUUACACGGAGACGGUUAGCAUGGAUGGAGUUUGGGAAUUAUUGUGAGUAUUGCUAGCUGGCUUGAAUCGAUACUCUAUGAACAUCACGGUUUUUGCUUAUGAAUAUUUGCUUCGAGGUCAUGGAUGACAGACACCCCUCUAAAUUCAUUGUGCAAUAGAGAUGAUAUCCUUAUGAAGCGAAGCAAGCGCUUGAGCUUUUGCAUUUACGUAUUUCUAUAAUUCUGAGCGAAGCCUGGAUGAACUUAGAGAUUCAGUGGUUUUCCAGAUGUUUGAGGAAAGAUCAGUAGAGUAAUUUCCUGGUGUAUCUCGGAUAUUUGGACCCAUCGUCGUCUGGCAUACAGGAAACCGGAAAUCCUAUUGUGGUAUUGUGCAUCUACCUAUUUCUAUUAGAAGUUGAGUCUUUGCAAUGAGGACAGAAUGUAUAUAACAUAAAUGCAACAAGAUGUAUAGCUGCCA